AUGAAGUGCGAUUGGUGCCCUCCGAAAGUUGAUGCGGAAUUUCCGCCCUGUUUUCAAAUAUAUCCAGGUACUAACAAAGGCGCGAAUCCGGGCAACAUUCAGCAUCUCCAUUAUCUCGCCAGUCGUUUAAAGCCUGAAUUUUUUGAUGGCCUUGUCUUGGACUAUAAACAUCGCUUGGCGCCUAAUAAGAUAAUAACAGCGAAUUGGAUAUUAAGCCACAAUCAACCGGCUGGUUUUAGAUUUGGUGGCAUUUAUGUGUCAAGAAUACACGACAAUAUAUUACAAACUCCUAGAAUACACGCGAACAUCAAUCCGAGCACUAUGUCUACCAACGUGGGAAUUGUUUACUUUCCGUUUCGUUGUCUACGCAUUGAGGCCGACUUGCAAAGAGCUGCCGACGAGGCACCUCUACAAACGCAAAGCACUAUUGAGUAUCGCGGAGGCCUGUCCACAUUAACUUUAGAUUUAUAUGAUGUAAGCGUCGAAAACGGCCGUUCGACUAUAUCAUUCUUACGGUCGGUUUCGGAGCAUCUGGCUUUGGGUGGCGAAUGGUUAUUGGAAUGGACGGAGCCUACAUCUAUAAUGACUGAUACUGCUUUUGCGGCAAGGUAUAAACUGCACGAUUUUUCUGUGGCUACAACCAUAUCCCGUCAGGGUAUUGAUGUAAGCUUUUGGAGUCGAGUGCAUCCGAAAAUUCAAAUGGCUACCAUGUGGGCUUGGCAACGUAAGACGUCAAAGUCGGUAGGCACCAUCUGUUACAAAUGGGACUUCGAAGACGCAUAUGUCAAGGGAAUGUUUGAUUCAAAUUUAUCUGUGGGUUUUAUGUAUGCGCGUACCGUUUCACAUUUACCGGUUAGCGUGGCCAUGAGCUUGUUGAUAAAUUUGCAUACAAAUCGUUUUAUAUUUGGCUUGAAAUUUUCGUUGGAUCCCAGUGGCUUACAGAGAGAUAAAAUUUACUAA